AUGUCGGACGAGACGGUGCGGUUCUCGGUGGUGUGCGCCAUGUUCCAGGCGAUGUUGCGGGACAGGUCGUCGGCAAAGAAGCGGAAGCACCUGCGCACGUUCCUGGACCGGGUUUUCACGGCUCGGGAUCGCUACUUCGCCGCCCUGCGCCUGAUCCUGCCGGGUCUCGAUCGAGAGAGGGGCACCUACGGUGUCAAGGAGCACGCCCUCGCGGCAUGUCUGGUCGACGCCCUGGGCAUCUCGAAGGACUCUGAGGACGCUGCCCGCCUCGUCAACUGGCGCAAGGGCGGCCCCCGCUCCGGCGCCAACGCUGGAAACUUUUCACUCAUCGCCACGGAGGUAAUAUUCCAAGGAAAUUUAUAAACGGCUUCUCAACUUCACUUAGAUAGAAGGGGAGAACUUUCCUCUUCUAUUCCGUUUUAUAUGUGGAUAAUUCAUCGCUCAAUUUACUCUUGCAUUUAUGUUUCCUCAUAGGCUGUCUUCCUUGAUUCAUGGGUCGUACUAUUUGAUCCAUUCAACCCAUCAGUGGCCUAACAAAAGUACGACAAUUGGGAUUGGAUAGUGACUUCAUUAGUCGUCCCUGUUUUCUGUGACAUCAGGUUCUGCAGCGCAGACAAGGCUUGGCUUCGGGAGGGCUGACAAUAAAGGAACUUAAUGAAGCCCUUGAUCAACUGGCAUCGAGAGAAAGCCGGUAUUUUUCGCUAAAUGUAUAAACUUCGGUUUGCGAAACCCUCGUUUUGGUGCUAAUACUAGAGAUGCUUCAUUAUUUCUAACCUUGCUUGCUCAGCACACUGAUUUUUUUUCGCUUCUCGAAACGUUACCUUACGAGCAUUAUCUCUAAUACAUAGGUUGAUUCCGGAUACUUGUCUCAUAUCAUGAAAUACAUAAGCAGUUUUUUUUUAUUAUCUAAGAAACUUGCAUCUGGAUUUUUAUACUGCUUCUAUCAUUUUUAUCCUUUAUCCAUAGAAAGAGUAUGUAGGCCUCAUAUUUGGCAUUUGUUUUGUUCCUUAUGAAAAGUUUUCAUCCCUUGGAACGUGAAUUCUGGCGCAUUACCUUUCUUCAAUUGGUCAUAUGAGUUUCCUUUUCUUUUCAUCUUUUCCCGUUGAGACAAUGCUUGCUUUUCUGACAUAUUUCUCUUAUUUUUUAUGCAUUAAACGACUUAUUUAUUUUCUUAUUCAGUAGUUUUGACCUUUUACGAGACUCUAUCCAGGAGACUGAAGUCUAAUUCUUUCUUGUUUCUCUUGGCUCCUUUCUAAUGGGCUCUGAUCAUCAUGAGUAGAGGAGAAAAGGCUUCUGUUCUGUCUGACCUCAUUAAGAAAACAAAUUCCACCGAAAUGAAGUGGAUCUUGAUUAUCAUACUUAAAGGUACUCCCUAUUAACAGGAGUUCUUUUGUUUUUAACCCUCCACAAAAGCCAGUAUAUCUUAAUCUUUUAUUUUUUAUUUUUCUAGAUCUCAAAUUGGGAAUCAGUGAGAAAAGCAUUUUCCAUGAAUUUCAUCCAGAUGCUGAGGACUUAUUUAAUGUCACUUGUGACUUAAAGUUAGUUUGUGAAAAGUUGAAAGACAGAACUCAGCGUCAUAAACGGCAGGUACCUGAAUAAAAUUCAAGUGACAAUGGUUCUUAGUGGAUUUUUCAUGUCACAUUUUGUUGUAAUAUUUUUGCGUGGCAUGCCAUAGAUCUCUGUUUGGAUCUGCUACACACAGCAGCUUAUGACCCAUAAAAGUGAAAACUUUGGGUUCUCUCCAGCACAUGCUUAUUUUUUUGAUUUCUUUAGAGCUUGGAAUGAUGCAUUACCUUUUCUUUAGAGUUUGGAAUGAUGCAUUACCUUUUCUAUUUAAUGAUUAACCUUAUGAUGUAUGGGUAGGACAUUGAAGUGGGGAAGGCUGUGAGGCCCCAGCUAGCUUUGAGGGUUAGUGAUGCUGCCACUGCAUGGAAAAAGGUAACCUUAUACCGUGGAUGCUAUAUCACACUAUCUGCAUCAGCUUCGUUCUAGUAAUAUAUCGCCCGUCUAUUUUUUAAUGAGAUCGCCCAAUACUGGCAGAGUUUUGGUAAAUUUUCUUUUAAAUUUUAAUUUUUAUUAAAUUGAAAAAAGGAUCGUAAAGUUGGAUCAUUGACCUGGAUAUCCCUAAUUUGACCAUAGAUUAUAUUAUCCAAAUCUCUGUUGUAGGGGACGUGAGACAAAUGCUAAGCUAGCAGCAUAAUAUAUGGUAAUGAGAUACAGCCCGAAAAGCAGGAAGAUUGGAUAAAUAUUUUUGGAAGGGCAGAUGGUUUGUUGAUCGGACAUUAUUUUAGGUUAACUACGAGAAUGGACUAGACUGUAUUUUUAAAGCCAUUGAUUUUCAAAAUUACCACCAUACGAGACAAAUGUCAGCAGCUAUGGUAUGUACCAGAGAUAGAUGUAUACUGUGGUUGAAUUUCUGGUGAAGCCAUAUUUUUCAAAUGCUGAAGGUCUAACAUAAUCACAGAUCCUACUCAGCCUAAAGCCCAACCUAGCCUGGUUAAAAUAAGUUCAGUAGCAUGAUUUAAAUUCCAUGAUUGUAUCUUUAUCAUAGGAAGAGAACAGGGUCCUUGUUAGGAAUAAGUGAAUGAUCUCUGUUUUCCUUUUAUAGUUUCUAAUCCUUUUAUUUUUCUGUUCAUUGUAUCUCUUAAUAUGGUCAUAGACUGAACCAGUCCAGAUUGAACCGGUCCAUUUCUCCCUCUCCUGUCUUAUGGUAACUGGUUGGUAUAAAUAACAACCAGUGUAUAAAUCUUCUUUCUUGAUUUUGAAAUCUAGGGCUUGGGCCUUUCUUCUUCCUCUUGUGUAUCCUCCGUGUGUUUGCUGCCAUCACUGUGAGAGAGGACAGAUUGGAGGAGCUUGGAGGAGAUCAGAGGUCUGCGCAUCUACUGGCAGUCCUUGAUUGAAAUUUCCUUAACCUAACAAGAUCUGGCAAUCCCAUAUUAGCUAUGUAAAAGACAAAGUGAAUAGUUUGAUUAUUUCCAUGUUUGGUACAUGGAGCUAAAAGGCCGUGAAAUUUAGUGUUGGAAAUGAUGUAGUAUUCAGUUUACUCUAAGAAGCUCUUCUUGACUCAUUUACUGAGGAUCGGUUUGAGUACAUUUUCAUAACCUGCUGCAAGAUUCUCCCCCUUGUGAAAUAUGUGCUGUCCUUUGGAUUUUUUUUCUUUCCUUAUUUGACUUGCUGCUUAGAGGCUUGCCAUUUAUUUAUAUUAUCCUUGUUUUCUAGCUUCAUGGCAAACAAGUGGUUGUUGAGUGCAAAUUUGAUGGUGAUCGCAUUCAAAUUCACAAAAAUGGAUCAGAUAUACGCUUUUUCUCCAGGUAUUUCCAAAUGAUUACUUUAUGUGAGUAACGGUUUUGUUUAAUAUGGCUGUCAUUGACAUUGUUUUUUCUUUGAAGAGGAAGCACUACUCAACAAAUUCUCCUGAGUCUGUCUUUCUUUAGAGUUAUUAUAUUCAUAUGAACUGGACUAGGGAGAUGUGUACUUUUCUGUGUAAUAUUGGCUGAGCUUAAUGUCUGUACUGUAUGGAGAAGAUGUGAACAACAAUUUUAAGACUAGUGGUAUCAGAUUAGUCCAAGUCGUGGCAGUGAUAGGGAUCAAGUGAAUUCGUAUUAUGUUUCCCUUGAUAAAGCGGAUGUAUAGAUUGUGAUAUUUGAGUUUGAUAAUUGCGUACAUUCGCUAUCAAGAUAACCUCACUCCUUGUUCGUGUACUUUGGCUUCAUUCAUUGCUCGAUGUUGCUUAUGCUCCACAGUUAUUGCAAUCUUUUAUUAUUUUUUUGGUGAGUCAUCCAAUUAUCAAUAUUUUUUUCUUUUAUGUCUGAUAUGCAUGGGGUUUUUCGUGACUGACAGGAACUUCCUUGAUCACUCUGAGUAUGCACCUGGGAUGUCAAGUAUUGUUCAACAUAAUAUACUAAUCGACAGGUAAUCGUGACUGUUGAAAACAUUUUGAUGAAUAAAAAUCAUACUGCUAUCACUGCCCAUCAAAUUUUUUUCCCAUCAAAUUACCCUAUUAUCAUACUGUAUCAAUAUACAUUUUUCUUGCUGUGGUCUAGAAAUGACGAGUUCCACUGCAUGAUAUUACAUGUAUAGUUUUGAAAUCUCUAGCCUCAGUUAAGGAUUCUUCAGGUGCAUACUUGAUGGCGAGAUGCUGGUCUGGGACACUUCAACCAAUCGUUUUGCAGAAUUUGGUUCAAAUCAAGAAAUAGGUCUUAAUACAGUCUCUCUUAUGAUCAAUUUUUUUAACAUAUUUUCGUACACUCAUUCUUAACCUGGCUCAUAUGAACUUUGUAUUCAGCAAAGGUUGCCAGGGAGGGAUUAGAAACUGACCGACAGGUUGUUAAAACUUUUCUGUUCUCUUUAUGGCCUCUCUGCCUUCCUCAGACACGAUCAAUUCUUAAUUACUUUUUACAUGACUUCUUCAAUGCAGUUAUGCUGUAUCCUUCACAUCAUUUGGCUUUUUCCUGGAGCUAUCCUUCUGGUGAUAUCCUGCCAAAUGACGAACAUGAACCGAUGUGCCAAAAUCUUUGCUCAAUCUGUGAUCUUGUACACCCAUAUUGUCACGAAUAUAUAUUUCUAUUUACCAUAUCUACAAAGAUUCGUACUAAUUUACUCAUUUCUUAUGGUUCGAAGCCAAGAAAACUUAUACUUUUUUGCUUACUUCGGUUUUCCAAGAUUCUUAUUAAUUUAUUCAUUUCAUCUGGUUCCAAUUAAAAAAAGCCAUGAUUUUUUUUCUUGGAUCAUUUGUUCACAAAGGUUCAAAUCUAAAGUCAGUAUUUUUUACUUAACACGAUAUUUGUCCAGAUGUUGCUUUUGAUGUACUGUAUGCUGGAGAUACUAGUGUUAUCCAUCAGAGUUUGGCUGAGAGACACGCCCUUCUACAGAAAGUUCUACGACCAGUGAGGGGUCGCUUGGAGAUUCUGGUGCCUGAUGGUGGUCUUAAUAACUCUCGGCCCCUAGGUAAGUAAGAAGAAUAUCUUUGGUCUUUCAUGCUAGCUGAGUUGAAUGCUAGUAAUUCUCUACUUGAUGGUAUAUGUUGAAUUGGAGUGUAAUGAUUCCAUGUCUGUGGUAGUAAAAGAAAAUAUGGCACUCAAUGAUUGAUUUUCAGAACAAAGGUAAUGCAUUUUUUGAAUGAAAUAUAAAAAAUGAGGGAGAAUAAUUUAUAAAAUAGCUAGUGACUAAUUAUGUUAGGUGACUGACUCUGAAGCUUAUAAGUUGUUUGCGACCAAUUCACUGUUGCAUUCACAAAUUAAUAAAUAAUUACCAUUACUUUUAAUUGAGGUUAGCUUGUGUCUAGAUAAAACAAAUAUUAAUUCGAAACGAAAAUUAAUGGCGUGCCCUGAUUUCAGUCACUCUGUUCAAUCCAUAUUGUUCCUUCUUAAGAUCAGGUGACUAUAAAUGAUUUUCAGUUUUGGGGCUGAGGCCAGGUUUAUUUAUAACCUAUUGAUUUUUUAUCUCUUUUUUAUGCAAAUUUUCAAUUGAUUUUUGCUUGUGCCUAUGCCUUUUCUUAGAUUUUGAUUUAGCAUUCUUAAGACAAUACUUAAAAACAAGAAAAGCUUCACAUGUUAUGAAAUCCCUUGAAUAAGUGAAGAGGACCAUCGCUUCUGUUUGAUGGCAGCAAGGGAGUGAGGACUUGCCAUCCUGGUCAGUCGGUGACUAAAGAUGAACGGGUCAUUGGGUUCUGGCGUCAGCAAUAGAGGAAAAGGAACGAGGGAGAUCUCAUAGGUCUUAGUAAAGAAGGGAGAGAAGAGGGUGGUCGCCGCCCUUGUCAGGCCUUGUUGGGCCCUUGAUGUAGUACAUCCACGGUCCUACUCUAUUUGACCAAAGUCCUAGAAGUGUGAAGAAUGGACUAUAUGCACGAGAUGGCCCAGUACCUGAUCUGGUCAAUAAUAAAAUGUGUCAUAAAAAUGUCAAAGAUUUUUUGUCCCACUUCUAGUUUAUUUUUUCACUGUUACUUCAUUGAAGUGUGUUAAAAAGCAUUUUAAAUCUUUUCUAAAACGCUUUUAAAACUGAACCACAUUUUAGCCCCAGAGGUAUUUUUCAAUAAUCCCGAAAUUUUCGCUCUUUUGAGAUUCUAUCUCUCUACUUGUGGUUUCAAGCACCUCUCUUGUGGAUUCACGAGUUCUCUUUGAUCUUGUUAAUUUAAGAUCGCACUCUUGUGGAUUCAAAGGUCGAGGUUUUCAAGUUCUGUGGAUUCACAACAUAGUUCUUCACAGAAAUUUUAUUUCUUGUGGAUUCAAGGACGAAAUUUCUUCUCCAUCUAAUUCCAGUUGUAUCAGCCUUGGUUGUGUUCACAGGUUGCCGAAAAGAGUGAAGCAUUGGGGGGCAGGAGAGCAGGGAGGGGGGGGGGGGGGGGGGGAGAAGGGCCCCAACACCAUCUGUAGAGCUGAGUGAUCUCUCCCAUCAGUCAGCAAAGGAUGGACAACCCUGAUGGUGGCUGGAUUAAGAGGUGAUAGGCGACAUCUGCCAUCCAUAGUAGGAGGAAAAGAGGGGUCAGCCUGUUGGGAAGGCGAGAUACUAGUAAGUGGGGGGGAGGGGGGGAGGGGGGCGGGGUCCUGAAAUGACCUUUCCUUCAGGGAAAAGGGGUUCGGAGUAGAGAUUACAGUAGGUUGUGCUUUCCUUCCUCUUGUUCAAAAGGAGGUAAGAGGAGCAUCUCGCCAUCUGCCACCGUCACUCUUUGCUGAGCCUGAUUACAGAAUACUCAAAGCCCAUAGUCUGUUGGUGAGCGAAUCCUCCUAGGUUCCCAAAGGCCCAGUGAAUUUUUGGUGGGCAAAUUCAUUGGUGAGCCCAAAGUCUAUAAGUCCUUUUGGUGUGGGUGGGAAGAUCCAUCCUUUGGCUCUUAGCCCAUAUCUCUUUGUUAUCAGAUCCACUCUGGCCCAAAGACUCACUUUUUCCUAGUGGGUGGAGCCAUCUCAUUGGACCAUUUCAAGGUGUACAAUUUCUGUGCAGAUAUUUGAAGCGUGCCAUGUGCAUUUUGGAGCCCAGUAGAUCAAAUGGACUCCACUUUAGUCACCAAUAGACCUUAGCCUCAUUAAGCGACUCUAGAAGAGUUACAGUUGACCAUCCGACAGCCUACUCUGCCAAUGAAGUUAACACAUCUGCCUGAAUUAUUUUAUUGAUUGUGUAAAGACAGAAGGGGGUAUUUAAUAUGACGCUGCCAAAGUUUUUUGGAGAGGAAAUUUCCUCAUUGAAUCUGCAGAACUUGAAAAAUUCGACCCUUGAAUCCACAAGGGGGGGUUUUAAAUCCAAAACAUCAAAGGGAUUCCUUGAAUUCACAAGGGAGGUACUUGAAUCCACAAGUAGAGAUAGAAUCUGAAAAAAAAGGGAAAUCUUGUGAUCAGUAAAUAAUACCUCUGGGGAUACAAUGUGACGGCUGAGGGCUUUAAAUAGGCCGAAUUUCUAUCAGGGCGCCCCUAAGAAGGAGAUUUAAUUUUAAUAGUGUUUUAAAGCAGAUUUAAAAUGUAUUUUUGUCACAUUUUCAAUACAAAUAACAACGAUGAUAAUAGUAAUGAUGAAAAAAUUCAUUUAAGGAAAAAAUGUUUUAAAAAUAAAAUAAAACCAUCAACCUAGUAAAAAUCAUUUCUGUAUAAACCUAAAACAACGACAGUAUUAUCAAUAAUAUAAACUGAAAUAUCAGAAAUAUGUUGAAUGAGUAACAGAAAUAACCAUAGAGCUUCUAAAACUAAAUGCAACUCUUCAACCAGGUAAAAGUCAGAAAUAAAUGACGGAUUUUUGAAACCUGAAUGAAAAUAAAAAUCUUGAUGAUGAAACCACGUGAUGGUGCCUUCAUGAAAGAAUAGUAAUGAUAAUAUUGGUGAUAGCAUGCUAAUGAAAUGAUGGUAAAAAAUGAGAAUAAAUGACAAUUUGACGCAGAAAAACAAUGAAGAGUGAAUAGAUAAAUAGGUGUAAGCCCCAAAAGUCUGAUAAGAACAAAGAGUGAUUUCCGGAAACCUAUUUAUGUUUUUUAUACAUAAAUAGGUUUCCGGAAAUCAGGUGACAACAGGUUUCCCAUUAACCUUACACGUAUGUAGUGCAUAUUGACUUUCACUUGAGCCUUGGUUGAUUGUUCCCUUUCAUUUAUGAUUGCCCAUAUAUGUGGGUAGAUCAGCUCGUUUCAGUAUUUGUUUUCGAACGAUUACCAAUAUCCUUUCUUAUUCAAUUUUCUCAUGCUACCAAUUAUUCCUUUGAAGUUCCUCCUGAAAUUUGGGGGGGGUUAUUUUGGUGCUAAUGCAAAUAGGUGUAGUUUCUGUGUGAUCAUGACUGCUGAUAUUUAGCUCUGAUGUCCUAGAAGUUUUGGAUAUUUCAUGUAAAGAGGAUUUUGAUAUAUGUGUUAUAGUCUCAUUGUCUGUUCCCCUUGAUAGGUUUUUUAUGUUGUUACUAAAAUGUUCACUGGUUAAAUAACAUAAAACCAAAAAUCCCCAUGGACUUAUCUUUCAAUGUUCUGGGUUAACGUUAUAUAGUUACUCAGCAUUCAAGAGUUUCCCCAUGUCUUCUCUAUGAACGGAAGUUACUCUUUAUAUUUCUCUUUUUUAUCAGCGGGUUCCUUUUGAAGGACUGGUUAAUGACUUAGCAGAUAUAGUUCCAACUCUUUAAGUACAUUGGGCGGACAAAGCCAAGGUCCCCAUUACUAGUGUAUUGCUGAUUGGUUUUCUCUUGCCUAUAGUAAUUUGGGACACCUUUUAUGCACUUGUAAUUUUCUAGGUGAACCUUGCUGGUCUGUUGUUGCAAAUACUCUAGAUGAUGUGGAGAGAUUCUACAAAGAAACGAUUGAGAAUAGGUAAGAAAAUGGUUGUGCCAGUUCUUUUUGGUCUUCCCAAAGAAAUUGUAUUUUUAUUAUCCUCUUUAUUAAAAACCUGUUUUUUGAAAGCUGUUUUAGUUCGUCAAAUGGUCGUAUGUCUAUGCUUGCAUUCUCCAGAUUUCUCAACUGGAAAUUGAUUUUUGUGAGGGGCGUAGUGCAGUCGAUUAGUGGGGUUUCUGAGAUCAGAUUGAGUUAUACUAUGUGUACUCUGGAAAUUUUCUCAAGGUUUCAAUACUGUCUCUGUUAAUAUUCAUGUUGCUUGGAGUUCCAUUUGAUUUCUAUGUUAGUGCUUUGGACGAAAGUAACCAGCUUACACCUACACAGACUUUUAUUGCAUAUUUUAUGGAAUGUUCAUUUAUCACACCUUUUCAUUUGACCAUGGUAAAUAUCACACCUGAGUUAUUGUUUUCUUAGUUUUUCACAUUCACAUCCUUUCCACCAGCCGGUUUAAGGUAUUUGUGAAUCGUGUUUAAAUUCUACACUCGUAGUUCGUUGACUCUAACUAAAUUACAAUUGAAUUAUGUACUACUACUUCAGAGAUGAAGGAAUUAUUCUGAAAGACCUUGGUUCUAAGUGGGAACCUUCUGAUCGAAGUGGAAAGUGGUUGAAGCUGAAGCCUGAUUAUAUUCAUGCUGGUGCUGAUUUAGAUGUUCUUAUCAUAGGUUUGUUAUUGUAUUAUGUUCUUGAUUUUUACAUUCAAUCCACUAGUUCUACAUGUAACUGAUUUUGUUUUUGAUUUAAGGAGGAUACUUUGGUUCUGGACGUCGUGGAGGACAGGUGGAGUUCAAGUGAUUUCUUUUUGUGCUGUCUAUUUCUUUUUUUUUUAUCGGAUGUUGACGUCUAGGUAGGGAUUACUUCUUUGAUGAGGUGCAGGUUGCGCAGUUUUUGAUGGGUCUAUCUGACAGUUCGACACCUGAUACUCACCCAAGACGGUAGGCAAUUUAUUUUAUUUGCAGGAAAUGAUCUUGUCCAUGCUCAAUACUUUUCUUUUUUUGGCCAACAACCAACCAUGUGCCCUUACGGUCCCAAAACAUACAUUAUGGAAAGGUUGAUGAACUUACAGUUAAAAGUAUGCCACUUGGGUUAAUUUUUUAGUUUGGCGUCUGAUGAUACUAAUUUUUGAUUCAUUCCUACUUCACAUACUUAUUAAUAGAUAAGAAAAACAGAUUUAUUUCAUGAGAAAAACAGGGUUUAAUGAAAUCUUCUUACCUCUUGAUCCUUAUUGUUGACUUCAAGAUUUUACGGAUCAGAAUUUGAUGUAGAUAAUUGGUUGGGUUGCUUAAUUGGCUCUACAGUCUCUUUCAAUCAGAAUAGCGAAACUAAAAGAAAAAUUCUUCGAUAAAUUAGUUUAUUCAUGUCUACCGACCAUGUGUUAUGUCACGUACAUAGGGUAAGAAGUAUGCUUAUGCCUAUUCAAGUUUUGCAGUACACAUUGGGUUCAAGAAAUUCUUAAUAAAGGAUAAACUUGAAACUCACUGGAGAACUGAAAAGCAUUAGUUAUAAUGUCUACCGAUGUCUACAUUGGUAGACCUUGGGAAUCGCUAUAACAGAUCCUUUUUGAGUCUGUACAUAGCUUUUAUAGUUGAGAUAAAUGUAUUUUAGGCAUCAAUAUCUUUGUUGGACCUCAAAUCUUACAACAGACAUGUCUUGCUACACAAAUGUUGCAAGGUACAAGGAUGUCGUGUGGAUCAUCAUGAAUACCUAAGGAGACCAAAUGCUAUUUGUUAACUUAUUGUUGCAUCGAUCAGCAGAUACUUUGAGAAGCACAGUUCUCUUGAGUUUUUGAUAAUCUUUAUCCUCUAAGGCCUAUAAUCCAAAAAGUAUGUCUUAGCUUACCGUCCAUAUUUUCAAAAACAGCAGAUAUGGUGAAUGGGCUUUUAAGGUAUUAAACUUAUACUGCGUGACAGUUAAUCAAGGGUUUCAUGAGAAGGAUAUAAUUAAACAAACCUCCACCGUCAAAUACCUUUCCAUAAGAAGUAUUCCUUUUUUCCUCCCUAAACGUCUCUAAAACAUUUGAUUUUUGAUGUGUAAAAGAUAAACUCAUAAACCAUUGCUUGAGGAAAGAGCAGUCCCCAAUUGUGCGUUACAGGAUUUGAGUUUCAGGGAUACAUUUCAUGGUCGAGUUUUGAGUCAAGCGGCCAGGGUACUAGAGUUCUAGCCAUUCCAGGUCUAACAAUAACUGAGCUUAAUAUUAAUGCUUCAUGGAUCUUAGUCGUUGUGGCAAAGCGCUGAAAUGUGGUAAUAGUAUAAGUUGUAAUCAGCUAAGUUAGUUUUUUUCAGGAGAGGCAUUUUAUUGCCGCAGAUACGAUCAGGCUUGAUACUAUUUCUACCUGUAUUAAAGUUGAAUCGCAUGAUGGUUAAUUUUUCGAAAUUUAUUUUGCAGAUUUAUCUCGUUUUGUAGAGUUGGCAGUGGGCUAUCUGAUGAAGAACUUGAUUCUCUUGUAAACAAACUGAAGCCAUAUUUCAGGUACAUUAAGGAAAUUUAAUUUUCUAUCUGAUCAUCAAAUUACUUGACAAUAGCCUCUUUUAAAUUGCUUGUCCGUGGAGUUAGUGAUGAACUGGUCUUUUGUUUCAUCCUCCUAGGGUUCUAUAUUGUUGAUAUCCCUGCCGUUGAGUGUGAAGUCGUUUCAGUUUUCAUGUGCUCAUACUUUUUCAGAAUCAUGUUUGGUAGCACGGAAAAUGCACUUGUAUUUAGGGUGUAGAGGAUCAGAUUGUGCAGUUUGACUGGAUAGAUCAUCUGAUCCAUGGUAAACUCAAUCAUGGUUAAAAAACCCGAAAAGAUACUCAUACGAUUCCAUGGUGGAUAUAUAUGAUGAAUUUUUAUUACAUCUAUGUAAAAUUAAUAAAUUUAAUUCAGAAGGGCAUAAUAACAUAUGAUUUGCAAAGGUUCCCACUCCCUAUUGUCAAGUGUAAAAAAGGUGGUCCAUGGGAGGGUGGUAGGCUGACCUCUGCUGGCAAGUUGGAUUGGCAGAAGCCAAUGACACCUCUUCAUGAUGGGAUGAUGGCAGAUCCAGGUUUUCUUUGUCGUCUUUCAACUUUUUUCUAUUCUUCUUCAAGCCACUGUGCCCAUGGCAAUGGUGGAAAUGGUGGCAGAAAAAAGCUGAAUCAGAAUCUCCUUCAGCCCCUUAUUUUCCAGGGGGGGAAUCAGUUUGGAGACGGCCCAUUCUCAUUGGGAUUGGCUGAUUCCACAUACCUGCUUGGAUGAUUUUUAUGAGACAUGUAGCUGCUCACCUACACUAUUUCUAUCUUCUCUUGUUUCUCUUCAUACUCUUAGGGUUAACGUUCUCUUUCAUUUGACACGAUGUAUUUUACUUCUUCUUAUGAGAUUUAUUUUUUUCAUAUUCAGUGCCAUUAUGUGAGUCAUAGUCAGUAUAUUAUGUUGCAACUAGGGACUUUGAGUAUCAAAAUUAUUCUCAGCAGCUUAAUCCAUUCUGAUUGAUUUCUGGUUUACAGGAAAAAUGAGUAUCCAAAGAAAGCUCCACGUUUCUAUGAGGUUACCUACAAUUCAAAGGAAAGACCGGAUGUCUGGGUGGACAGUCCUGAUAAGUUAUCAGCUUUGCAUGCACUGGACUUAAUGACUGAUUGUUGAUGCAUUUAGCAUAUAAUCCAUCUUUUAUUUUGCAGAUCAGUCAUACUUUCUAUUACUAGCGAUAUUCGUACCAUAAAGUCCGAGGUUCUGUUGAAAAAAUUGUCUUUUCUUUGGAAUCAUCGAAGCUCAGAUCCAUCUCAGGGAUCUCAGUGAUCUCAGUUGUUGUAUUUUAGGUAUUUGCUGCGCCAUACAGUUUGAGAUUUCCACGAAUUGACCGUGUGAGAUAUGACAAACCCUGGCAUGAGUGCCUAGACGUGCAGUGUAAGUUGCGUGGGUUCCUAAACAAGUUAUUGUUACCAUGUUCCUUGGCUGUUACUCUCAUUAUGUAACCUCAUGCAUUAUAAUCACAAAGAUGUGCACAUCAUUGAUGAGAUGGAAUUUCAGUUUGAAUAGAACUGUAAUUAAUGGACACUCCUGACAUCAACUAAUGGGGUGUUUGGGUGAGGUAAGUUUCAAUGAAAUGCGACCGUUAGAAUUUCGGAGCUCACACCUUGGAGUUACACAGGAGAAAUGAGGAAAACCUUCUAUAAAACAGCACGGCAGAAUUCAUUCACAGAUGUAUGGAAAAGAGUGGCAGCUGUUUCUUCUAUGUGCUGUUAGAAUUUUCUCUCUUUUUAGUGUCGUUUCUGUUGUGCUCUGAUUUGGUGUCUAUUGCAAUCUAUGAGGGAACCAUGCGUGUAGUUUUUCUUAUAAAUGAGGUUUGACCGCCUCAAUAACAAGAUCUAUGACGAAACUACAACAGCUGGAUUUGACGCAAAUGCCUUCUGCCAAAGAUAUAUAUAUAUAUACUUUGCAGAAGCAUCAAUUCACAGUAUCGUAUGUUAAGAUCUUGUAAUGGGCACGAUUAUUGUUUUUUUUGUUAGAUGUGCUACUCGGUGCUUAUUGGUCUGCUGAGAGAAUGCAAGUUACAGUUGUUAGCUACUGGUACUAUUUUGCAUGUAUUCUACGCAGGGUCCCCCUCUAGGCUCUCAGCUCUAUGCACAAGCUAUGCUGCAAAGCUUUUUAUGUAUUCAAUCUCAGCUCACCAAGGCUACAUCGUAAUCUGGUCCAUCAAUGAAAGGGCUCACACCGAUCCCACUUUGCAAGCAUGACAGUUGUUUAUGUGGGGGUUAGAAAGCAUGAGACUACCUCAGGUGAACGGAAUGAAUAGAGAUGAGGGGAGAUUGAAUAUGAGAGAGAGAGAGAGAGAGAGAGAGAGAGAGAGAGAGAGAGAGAGAGAAGGCUCAAAGAAACCUUAGAACUGCAUGAUAUCAUAUCUCUUAUUGCCCCGUUAGUUGUCUAUCUGUGGAGACCUUGAUUUGAUUUUGUUAUUGGUACGAAUUUUAAUACUAUAAUGCGGUGUUCAUGGUUUCUUAACAAGAUUGUUCUCUCUUAAACUGGACUUUUUUUAUAUUUUUUAUCUCAGCUUUCGUCGACUUGGUACACUCCAGCCAUGGCACCACACAGAGUGCACAGGAUCGAGGAACUCUUCAAGAACACUCAAAACAUGAGAAGGUUUCGAAAAAGGGGAAAAAUAAAAUUCAUGUUGUUCCCCCCCAUUUAACCAAGACUGAUAUCUCUGGCAUUAAGGAGGAAACGCUUAUAUUUACGGACAUGAUGCUUUGUAUCCGCCUGUCCCUGCCGUCCUAUUGCUUCAUAUUUUUUCUUUGAAACUCGCGGACGAAAAAGUUUUCCCGUCAUAGUUUACAAGCAUCCUUGAACUCCCAUUGGUAAUCUAUGUUCUACAGACUUUAGCUUGAACCUUUACGAUUAUAUGCAUCAUUUUAAUAUGAUCGCGUUUGUUUUCAUGAUGGUUAUCUGUUAUGAUCUGUACAGUUAAUAUUGCUGGUGUUGUUCUCGGGGCCUAAUUUCUGACUUGUGUUUUCAUUCAUUGGAGAAUAUUUUCCCUUGACAACUUAUUUAGAUUUUGUCAACAUUCCAUCAUCCUCUUCCAUCGACUAUUUUCACAAAUUGGUGGCUGAGAAUGGAGGAACUUUCUCAAUGAAUCUGAAUGACUCGGUUACUCAUUGCAUAGCAGCUGAUAAAAAAGGUUCCUUUUUUUUUGCGUCUAUUUUAUUGAAAGUAUAAGAAGAAAUCCUUCCCGUUUGAUAAACUUUGUUGCCUAAAAGCAAAAUGGGUCAUGAACUUAGCAGGGAUCAAAUAUCGGGCUGCUAUGCGACAUGGAGAUAUCUUCCAUUACUCUUGGGUUUUGGACUGCUGUGCUCAAAAGCGUCUUCUUCAUUUACAGCCAAAGUAAAUCUUGUAUAAUCGAGCACUUGAAUUAUUUUUACUACAUUUGAUUUACUUCCCGUACUAAAUGGUUGUAGGAAUGUUCUUUAUUUUGAAGGUACUUCCUCUUUGUCUCGGAAUCUUCGAAGAAGAAAUUUCAAGAAGAGAUCGACUCAUACUCUGAUUACUACUACUGGGAUAUCGAUUUGUCGGACAUUAAACAGGUUUUUCCCACCUUAAAAUUUUCCCUGAAAUGGCAGAGAUUUGAGCGGUGGGUCAGUUUUGGAUGCUCCAGUCAUACAUAAAAAAUAAAUCAGAGAGAGAAGGAGGUCUGUUCAAUGAGGGGAAGAUCUGUUCAUUUUGACAGAAUGAAUGGUUAGUGGAGGAGGGUAACUCUUGCCAAGUUCGUACAUGGGAAUGAAAAAAUAAAAAAAAAUCAGUCGAAAUCAGUACGCAGCAAUGAAAUUCUGCUGUUUCACCAAAUGAUUGUUUUCACUGUGCCUCAGUCAAUGUAGCAAUUAGUUACUCAAUUCUCCAUUAACCUCGUAGAGUAGGCACUUAUUUUUGUAAUCUUUGCAUCUCAAUUAGAGCUUUGUUGCCGGUUCCUCAUGAUCCUUUUAACAUCUGCAACAGAAUUUUAAGCGGGUAUUUUUCUGGAUUUGAUGAACUAAUCAUACUCAUAAUUCACGGUUCCCUUGUUUUCAUGGGCUCAAGAUAUUUGCCAACAUGGCUGGAUCAGGGGGCUCCUCAGAUCUCUCCCGCCAUCAGAACAAGUAUUGCCCUUCCAAGAGAUGGCGCCUGCUUCAGGAUUGCCGCAUCUUCUUCCACGAGGCAUCCCCUGACAUGUAAGAACCCUAACCCUUCCCACCCUCUCUCUCCCCUUUCUGUGCUCGCCAUGGACCCCACAAACCCGGGAGGAGAAAGACUGGCUCUUAUUGAGGCAAGGAGAGCUACCCAGCCCAAACACCAUGCUCUCCAGAACAAACCCUACUUUCUGGACCCUCAAUCCUGUCCAAAACUCUGGGAACGCCGAGUCAACUCCUUUUUGUCUGAAACUCUGGGUGGCCUAUUUUUCCUCUCAGCAUCCAUGCCAUGCCCGCUCUUUCUUUCUAACAUGGUCAUGCGGUUGAAGGGAUGCGGACCACAGGGCCAUAUUGCAGCUUGCUCUGAGGCGGAUGAAGCUCGAGGUCAACUGGCAUGGCGGCCAAGUCAGCGGCGAUCUUUCGGGAGCCACCCACUUGGUGGCCUAUUCAGCGCCGCCGUCCUCUGAGAGGCUGUUUGGGACGAUAUACGACAGGUGGGUAUGCUGCUUCAUGGUGUUCAAUUUAGUUCCUCCAGCUUUUAGGGAGCUUCUUCUUCUUCUUCUUCUUCUUCUUCUUCUUCUUCUUCUUCCUGCAGCUGCUCUCCAGGGGAGAGGCGCCUCCUCCACAGCCGAAGACUCCACGUGGUUGACCACAGCUGGCUGGAGGAAUCACUAGUCAACGAGGAGAGACUGCCGGAAGAUCAUUUCAGCCUGAGACCCGACACCUUCGAGGGAUUCGAGAAGACCAGGUAUUGUGCAGUGCCUCUUCGUGUCCGUUUUCUUGGUCAAACAGAUCUGGGAACCAUCGGCGGCAAAUUUGGAAACUUUUCUUCUUCUUUUUUUGUCCUCUGUAGUGCGUUGGUUUGGGGGCCUCCUCCGGUCGAGGGGGCGGAGGAACCCAGGAAGAGGGGAGGCGGCGACGCCAGGCCCGCCGCCCGAAGAACUCGCCGGAGGAUGGUGACCUCGGCGGCUAAGGUGCACUCGGGCGAGUGGGAGGGGGACGACAUUCUCCACGUGGCAGAAGAAAAGAGAGACAGCGUGGACGACCCUCUGCCUGCCAUGUUGCAGCUACCCUCCUUGCAGGGGAACCGGAGCCCUAGCCCGGCCGGCGGCGCCAAGAGGAAGGUCAGCUACAAGGAGGCCGCCGCCCAGCUGCUCGGCGAUCCGUGA